AAUCAACAUUAUGAUUCAAAUAAUCAACAUCAUACUAGUGUGUUCAUGGUCAUAUUCAAAAUGUUUGGCCUGGAUAUUAUCGGUCCAAUUAUAUUGGUUAUGGCCGCCUAUACUAUACAAACUGUAGAGCCACUUAUUAUCAAAUUAUUAAUUGAUUUUGUUGGUGACAAUUAUGAAUAUAAAUGGCACGGAUAUAUCUAUACAGUACUGUUAGUUGUAACCAAUGUUGUCUACUCUUUUUUUAACGCAUAUUCAUUUGAAAUAAUCAAUACAGUGGGAAUAAGAGUUAAAUCGUGUCUAACAUCAGCCAUAUAUCGCAAAGCACUGGUAUUAAGCAAUGAUAGCAAACGGCUCACACCUAAUGGAGAAAUUGUUAAUUUAAUGACAGUUGACUGUCAACGUAUUGUCGACUAUCUUCAAUAUCCGCAAUUGCUAUUUACAAUACCCAUACAAAUUGGUUUGGCCAUCUAUCUGAUCUACAAUCAAGUAGGUGUGGCCGCUUUUGUAGGACUGGGCAUAUUGAUUGGCAUUAUACCAAUCAGUCUAUUGCUAACCAUAUUCAAUGGUUCGGCUAAACAAAAACAGUUUGAAUUCAAGGAUCGUCGGCUAAAUUUGAUGAACGAAAUACUAAAUGGUAUGAAAAUAUUGAAAUUAUACGCCUGGGAAGUACCCUAUAUGUCAAUGGUUAACAAAAUACGUAACCGUGAACUAAGGCAUAUGCUGUGCGCCGGCUUAUGGCUUGCAUUGACACUCGCACUGACCUAUUCGGCGCCAAUGUUGGCACAGUUGGCCACUUUCGGUACGUUUACCGUUUUGCAAGGGGGCGACAAAAUUAAUGCCCAACGUAUAUUUGUAUCCGUAUCGCUAUUUAACAUACUUAAUUUAAGCAUUAUACUAUUGCCCUAUGCAUUUAAUUCGAUCAGCAUGAUAUAUGUAUCACUGAAACGUAUCGACGAUUUUCUUAAAUUACCCGAACAUUACAAUUAUGUUACAAACAAUGAUUGCAAACAAUAUGCUGUUAGCGUUAAUAUGGCAACACUUUCAUGGUUUGGUAGUCAAAAUGAUUUACAAACAACAACAACAACAACGACUAACAUCAAGUCAACUACAGCUACAACCACCACCACCACCAACGAUAAUGCAUUGACUGACAUAAAUCUUGAUAUCGGUAACGGUAUGUUUGUGGCAGUGGUCGGCGGUGUCGGCUCUGGCAAGAGUUCGCUGAUGUCGGCACUGAUCGGUGAUAUGGAACUGAUUGGCGGUUCAGUCAACAUAGCACAGGACCAUAGUCUGGCAUAUGUUCCCCAACAGGCAUGGAUACAGAAUGCAACCCUCAAAGACAAUAUACUGUUUGGCAAACCAUACGAUCCGAUUAAAUACAGACAAGUACUGAGAGCCUGUGCUCUCGAACCAGAUCUUCGGCAACUGUCCGGCGGAGAUGAGACCGAAAUCGGCGAAAAGGGUAUCAAUUUGAGCGGCGGUCAGAAACAGAGAGUCAGCUUAUGUCGGGCCGUCUAUUCCGAUGCCGACAUCUAUUUGUUUGACGACCCGUUAUCAGCAGUGGACAGUCAUGUGGGCAAACAUAUUAUGACCGAAGUAUUUGAUUCGCGAACCGGUUUAUUGAAGAACAAGACCCGUAUUUUGUCAACCAAUCAGCUGUUUGUAUUGCCCGAUGUCGACCGUAUUGUCGUAUUGAAAGACGGCUCAGUGGCCGCUAUCGGUACUUAUGAUCAACUGUUGGCAGAUAAUCAAGAGUUUGCCGAUUUGGUCGCACAAUACUCGGCCAACAGUAGCCAAGAACAACAACAAGAAGAUUAUAACCACAAUAAAGACAACAACAACAGCACAUCAAUAGCACCUACCGAUGGUAAUGACCAACAAUUGAUGACAACACCAACCAUUACGGAGACACAGCUUAUCGAUGAAGAGCGGGUAGAGUCCGGACAUAUUAAGUUCAAUGUAUACAUUAAAUAUAUACGUUCAACAACCGUACUAAUGUUUUGUACAUUUAUAAUCGGCCUAAUGGGAAACGUUGGCUGUCUAAUGGGUAUAUUUAAUUGGCUAUCGAAAUGGGCAUCGGAUAUCCAUAACGGUGCCAAUACACGUUACUAUAUGUCGGUAUACGGCGGACUGAUUGGCGCCUAUAUGCUAUUGGCAAUGCUGUCACUGUCCGCAUUGAUUAUCGGCAGCCGACGGGCUGCCCAUCAAUUGCACGGUCAGAUACUAUCAAGUGUAAUGCAUGCGCCCAUGUCGUUUUUCGAUACAACACCAUUGGGUCGUAUAAUGAACCGAUUCAGUAGAGAUCUCGAUGUUUUGGACGGACAGAUAUAUGAAUAUCUUUUUUUGUUUUUCUACGAAUUUUUAUUACUAAUCGGCGGACUAAUCAAUAUUUCAAUAGUGACGCCACUAUUUUUGGCCCCACUUAUAUUUUACAUCAACACAUCGCGUCAAUUAAAAAGAUUAGAGUCGACUACUCGAUCGCGAAUCAUAUCGCACUUUGAAGAGUCGGUCAACGGUCUGUCCAGUGUACGGGCCUAUCAAUGUUCCGAAAGGUUUAUACGGGAAAUAGAGUCCCGAUUGGACGCCAAUCAGAAGUGUUUGUUUCCCAAUGUUUUGGCCACCAGUUGGCUACAGAUACGGAUGGCAGUCCUAAGCAAUCUAUUGAUAUUUUUUGCCGCACUGUUUGCCGUACUGGCCAAAGAUCGGCUAACUGGCGGUUCAAUUGGCGUAAGCCUAUCGCUGGCCAUAGCUUUGAUGCCGUCGUUUGAGAGUCUAAUUCGUGGAUUUAUUUUGAUUGAAAACUGUAUCGUUUCAGUGGAACGGGUGGAUGAAUAUACUAAACUAAAACCCGAAGCCGACUGGCAGUCGACAGUUGAAUUGCCAACUGAUUGGCCGUCUAGCGGUUCGGUUAGGUUUGAUGGUUACGGUACCCGAUAUCGUCCCGGUUUGGAUCUGGUGUUACGCGGUAUUGAUGUUUGCAUUAAACCCCGUGAAAAGAUAGGCAUAGUUGGUCGCACAGGUGCUGGAAAGUCAUCGCUAACAUUGGCACUGUUUCGUAUAAUUGAGCCGGCAAUGGGUAACAUUGUUAUCGACGACAUCGACAUCAGCCAAUUAGGUCUCCAGGAGUUAAGAUCGCGGUUGACAAUCAUACCACAGGAACCGGUACUCUAUUCGGGUACUAUUCGUUCAAAUUUGGAUCCGUUUGACAGUUAUACCGAUAGUGACUUGUGGUCGGUAUUAGAACAGUCACAUCUCAAACUGUUUGUCCAGUCGUUGGACUCUAAGCUGGACUCACCGGUUAGCGAAUCGGGCGAUAAUCUUAGUGUUGGUCAACGACAACUUGUAUGUCUGGCUCGGGCUCUACUACGACAUACAUCAGUACUGAUCCUCGACGAGGCCACGGCUGCCGUCGAUGUGGAAACCGAUGCACUUAUUCAGCGAACCAUUCGCCAGGAAUUCAGUACGUGUACUGUACUGACAAUUGCCCACCGAAUCAAUACUAUUAUGGACUCGGAUCGGGUCCUAGUGUUCAACGAUGGACGGGUAGCUGAGUUUGCCGAACCCGACGUUUUGUUGGCUAACAAAUCGACAAUUUUCUAUACACUGGCCAAAGAUGCCGGAAUUAUUUAA